AUGACCUCUGAAAAUACCUUCAAUGCGACUGGCGACCCCAAACAAGACAGCCCAGUCGCCCGCUCAGACCCCCGCAAUGACGCGAGCCUUGCAACCCUAGUAGAUCCAACUCCAACAACGCCCCCCAAUCGACAAACAACUCAAGAGUCGCAAGCAGCCAAAGAAUCUUAUAGCGACUACAUCAAGAAUCUGCCACCGCCAUUUUGGGAGACCAAAACACCGAAGCCGAAAGCAGCGAACGACGAAGUGAUCGCGACCAGAAUCAACGCGGUAUGCGCGCCGGUCACAGCCGAACAGCGCGAAGAAGAUGAGCGCCUGAAAACUAUGUCCUGGCGCGAGCGGUGGCGUGACCGCAAAGCGAGACGAGAGGCUAAAGAGAAGAGCAAAGAUCCCGAUAUAAGACCUGUAGAGACGGGAAGCCGAGCACAGCUGAACGUCUUUGGUAGCAAUAUCAAGGAGAAGCGAGUGAAGCGGUGA